AUGGCCUCUUCGCUCGCUCACCCAUCCCAUCCAAUACCCCGCCCGUCGCCUCACGCGCUCAUGGACCCGACCGAGCCGGCUCGACCGCCACCUGCUUUCGGGCCUUCUUCGCACGCGCAGGACGGGCACGAGCGGUUCGAGGAGGGUGCAGGGAGGGAUGAGAGGUGGGACGCAAGGUGGGAGGCAGUGAGGGAGCAGCAGGCGAGUGGGGCGGCAAGCGCACCGAGCGAUCAGGCCUCUCAUGGAGGCAACAGUGUCCGACCGUCUCUCGCUUCGCCCGUCUCGUCUCCCGACCGUGACCCCGACGCCCUUCUCUCGCCUCACGACUCGUCCCACCUCUCUCCGACGACUACUUCUCCCCCCUCUUCCUCUUCUCACCCCCGUCGCCCACCCUCUGCCCUCUCCUCAACCUCCGCCUCCUCCCACUCACACCCCUACACAUCCCUCUCCUCGCCCCGCUCUCAGCCUCCCCAACCUCCCUCAUACGCAAGCAGCAGCUUCACUUCGGCCACGGCGUUCGAUUACGACGAGUUGCUGGGACCUCGGCCGGCGCAGAGGGCGGGAGAAGAAGGUGAGAGGAGGGAGAGCAGGUUGACGGGAUUGGGGUUCGUCACGAGUCCGAAGAUGCGGGAACGCGACGUAGCUGGGGGAGUCGAGGGAGGCGUGGAGGCGGGAGAGGAAGAACGCGAUCGCGAACGAUGGGCUCAACUCCGUUCGUUGCGCCUCGAAUCACCCGCCACGGAUCCAACACCCUCCAGUUUCUCCCCUCCCUCCGCUACGCCUCUCUCCUUCUCCUCCCAGCGCACCAGCUCCUCCACCACAACGACAACAGCGCAGGUCUCAGCCAGUCCACUGAGCCCGCUCGUAGCGCCUUUUGCGCCUUCUGGAGCGUUGGGCGGGAGGGUCACGCAGGUGGCUGGGGCAGCGAGUCCCUGGGCGACGAGUAGUGCGGCAAUGACAGGAGGAGGGAGGGACGCGGCUGCGAGGGUGCGGGAGGCAAGCUGGAACUCGACUGCUUCGGGAUUCGCCUCGUCCGCCAGUUCGCACCGGCACCUCGCGACUCUCUCAUCGACCUCCUCCUUCCCCGGCUCGCCUGCGUCGCACCUCUCUCCGACCGCUUACCCCGCCCACCCCUCCUCAGGCUUCUCCUCCCCCCUUCCUCCUCCUCACCACAGCGACUCGCCUUCGUACCCUCCCUCUUCCCAUCCAAUGAGCGAAUCAGGCUCGCGCGACUCCCGCACGCUCGGGCUGGUCGAUAAAGGCGGCUACCUCCGUUCUGCGCCUCCGCCGGGUACGACACCAUUGGGUGCUUUCCUCGCCCAAGCGGGCCUCGCCGCCGCGCAACAAUCCGCACAGCAGAACGGCUCGGGCAGCGCAUCGGGUACCGAGUCACUCGGAGCAGGCGAGUCGUCCGAAGCAGUCACGACCAUCUUCGUCGUCGGUUUUCCAGACGACACGACCGAGCGCGAGUUCCAGAACAUGUUUGCCUUUGCCGAGGGCUUCGAAGCUGCGACGCUCAAGGUCCCUGCGCCUCUUUCGGCGCUCGAACUCGCGGCGCAGGAACACAAGGAGCGCGAGGAGGAGGCGAUGGGACUCCUUGCGCCGGUCCCGCCGAUGCCGGGCUUGCCGCCUCACCUCCAAUCCAGCUUGUCGUCCGUCUCCUCGGCGCGCGAGGGAGCUGGAACGCCGAGCUCGACGAAUGGUCAGGCGGGUCAGGGACAGCUCCAGCAACGCAGGCAGAUCAUCGGGUUCGCCAAGUUUCGCACGCGCAGGCAGGCUGCAGAAGCGGUCGAUAUCCUCUCGGGACGGAAGAUUGAUCCGGAGCGCCCGAGCGUGUUGAAGGCCGAGAUGGCCAAGAAGAACCUCCAUACGAGGAAGAGCGUCCCGUCGAGCGUUGUGCUCGAACAAGGACCGCCUUCGCGACUCGGGAUGGGUACGCCGACCGCCUCGCUCCAGCAGCAACAGCAACCUACGCCCCCGACCGCAGUCGAAGCCGCCGCGCCCGUUGCAGCAGCCGCCACGUCCGCCGCGAGCGCCAUCUCCGGCUCAGGCGGCGGAGGACCCUCGAUCCCGCUCUCGGCGCUCGACGCAGGCACGCUCGCUCGACUCGCGAACGCAGGGAACCUCAACCCCGCUGUGCUCGCCGAGAUCGCGAGGCAGAAACUCCUUGCCGCCGGCGGUGGUGGGCACGGCAGGACCGACUCUGCGUACGACGCGUUCCAUUCGGUCCCUGCGCCGCCUACGACUGGACUCGGCUCGACACGUCCCCCUCUGCGCGAGUUGUAUGACGACCCGACUUCCUCGCCGCAGACGGGAUACCCGCCUGGUCCGUCUUCGUCGACUUCCUACGCGCCGUACGUCCCCGCGAACGGCAGGCCGCAGGAGGUCCCGCAGACGGCGAGGCAGGCGGCGUUGCAGAACCCGCUGGCGAGUCCGCCACUCGGCUAUCCCAGUUCGCUCGGCUCGAUUCCGAGGACGCAAAACCCGGCUGAUAUGAAUGCGCCGAAGAACACGCUCUACGUUGGUGGACUGCCUGCCGUUCUUCCUUCGCUCACCGGCCCGUUCAGCGCUUCGCACCUCGAGGACAGCCUCCGCAACGCCUUCUCUCGCUGCCCGGGCUUCAAGCGCCUCCAGUUCCGCAACAAGUCGAACGGCCCUAUCGUCUUCGUCGAGUUCGUCGAUACGGCGCACGCAACGCGCGCGAUGCAGGAGCUCUAUGGCCACACGCUCGGCGGCCUCGUCAAGGGCGGCAUCCGGCUCAGCUACUCGAAGAACCCCCUCGGCGUCCGCUCGAACGGGCUUCCCUCU